AACUGGGCUGCUUUCUAGCAGCAGCAGCGGUAGCUUCACUCAUUCGAUAAACAGUAGAACAGCGCUACUUUUGUAUUUAUUAUUGUUGUUCUUUACAUCCAAGGAGUGUUCAUUGGUGCUUUUCAUUUGGUUUGUUACGUACGACUUAACGGACGAUAUUGUUUGUUGUUUAAGACUAAGAGACACACUUAUGGCCAGCAUAACUUCUAGUAACUUGCUUAAUUGUCCCACGAUCUGCUCAAACUCUUUUGUACGGGGUGAUUUUCGGAUGUUGAGUGUCUUUAACGGAAACAUGUACGACUGGUUGCAUUUGAUCCCUCACUUCACUGGUUGACAAUCCUGAUUUGAUGAAUAACAUUCAGAUAGAUGGUAAUAUAUUCUGUGAAAGAAAAAUUAAAAACAACACUCUGUCGGAUGGGUUGUAGAACAAUUUUGCCCAACAUGGAAAAACUUUCUCAUUGCGGGCCUCUUCCAAUUACAUCUUCAAAUGUAGGCUUAGAUUAUGGGAACCAUGUCAUUGAAGCCCUAUUAAAAAUGUCCAGUGACACAGACGAUGAUGAAGAUCAGAGUUUUGAACAAUCAAAAGUUGUUGACACAAGGAACAAAAAUUUACUCUGUCCUUCUGAGUCAACACCAAUGCCUCCGGUUAUACUACAUAGUCAGACUACAAAUUACAAAUUGUACUGUUCACCUAUGUCGCAAAGUUCAGCAUCAAAUAUGGUACAGUCUCCAACAAAUCAACCUGUCUCGUUAAAAACUCAUGGUAUACUGUCACCACCAAUGUCCUCAUCAUUAUCAUCAUCAUUGUCAUCUGUUUCCUCAUGGCCUAAAAAAUCAACAAAAUAUUCAAAGGAAGAUUCUUUUACAAAGUUUAUAUCUGAUAAGCGUCAAACCUGUUCAAAUGAUGAACAGAGUAAACCCAUUGAGUUAAAUGUUACAACACCUCGUUUGGAAAAGAGACCAACAUACGCUAACCUUAGCAGUAUUCAUAGAACUGAGGCUAACGAUGAAGGUAAUGCCGAACCUUUGUCUACUUCAUCCUUAUCAAGUUUAACUGAUGGUUACCCUGCUUUCACAGGGGACACCUCAGACUGCCCUUAUGGUCAAAAUUAUAACAAACCACGUGGUCUGACAAAGUUUGAAUAUCAUUCACACUAUAUAAAACAGUGUCGAAUUGAGAAAACUGCUCGCACCAAGAAAGUAUGGGAGAGAUCACCAAAGCGACAGCAAGUUAUCUCUCGCAAAAGAAAACUCAUCAAAAAGUGUCAGUUGGAGAAUUACAUGGAACAAAACACUCCAGUGUCUGCUCACCAUGAACGGAAGAAAAAAAUGUUUCAUAGCAACACAAAAAGCAGUCGCAAAAGAAGAAUUGUAAAUAGUAAUUUAAAAUCCAAGAAUAAUUCCAGCAGAAAUUUCCAGAAUCAAUUUUCUGAAACUGCUGAUCUCUUAAAUGAAACAAUUGGUCGUCUUGGCCAAUCUGAUUUGGUACUGACUGAUUCUGGUAGAGACAGCAAAAAUGAACAUCCAUGUUUGGAGUCACAUACAAGUGUUAUUUUAUCUGAUACUUCAUAUCCAAGUAGCAGCCAGACUUGGUCGACUCCAGAGAGCAUGAAUACAGAAGUAAUAUCAGGUACAAGCAGCUAUGGGUUGUUCAAGUCUAGAAUUGAUCCCGGUCAGUUUACAUCUUCACCAUUACCUAACAUUUCAGAUUCUUCAUCAGGACCUUGCCAAGAGUUGCCCUUACCUAGUAGUUCCCUAAAUUUGUCUUCAGUGGAAGAACAUAUUUCUGCUAGCGACAGCCUUGAUAUGUCUCUUGAGGAAGGCAACAAAGCAUUUGUUCAAAUUGAAACUUCCAAUGAAAAAUCACAGUUGCAGCUGCUUUGCAAUGCGAGUGGAGAUACAAAACAUGAAAUAGUUCUCUCUGAUAGUUCAGUUUCACUGUCUGUUUCUCUUGGGGAAAGGCCUGAUUGUGUUGGUCAGUCAUGUAGCAGUGAUUCUGAAGCAGAGGCUGAGAAUGAAAAUGUUGAAGCCAGUGAUAAGAGUAAUGACUCAAAUUCUUUUCAACAUGACUCAAAUUCUUUUCAACAUGACUCAAAUUCUUUUCAACAUGCCUCAAAUAUUCUGUCAUCAACCCGAAACAGUCAGAAAGACAUAUCACUUGAGAGAAAAGGGCCAGUAAUUAUCUCUCCCCUGUCUAUUGAUAUGGGUUCUCCUUCGUUAAUUUCAUUUGAGGAAAAUAACCAACAUGAUGAGUUGUCAUUGUCUAAUAACAAAAGUUUCCUAAAUGAUCUGUCACCAAAGAACACAAAUUUGGUAACUGAUAAAAAAAAGAAUUUUCUGAAACUACCUACACAAUCUUUCUCAGCCUCUGCUUCCAAAAUGCAGAAUGCUGCACUUCAUGGUUCUUCUUCAACAUCUUCAGUACAGCAAAAUGCUGCCACCACUACUACUACUGCUGCUGUUUCCAAACAAGAUCACAACCAAAUUUUAGCUAAGAGUAAAAAAGUGCCUCAUUCAGCAUAUUCAACCAAUCAGCUCUGCAAAGAUAAAUCUUCAUACAGCAAUCAAAGUUUGCCAGCUGAUUCAUUCCAAGACACUAGUUCUGUGUAUUUUUCUCCUGGUAAGUCAUCCCAUUGUCACAAAGGUCUGUCUCCUUUCAGUCCAAUAUCUAACAUCUCUAAAGACAAUCAAAUGAAGCCAGAAGGUGCCAAACCAAAGGUCCACAGACAAGUGGCCAAAAAAAAUCACGACAAGAGAGCCAAUAACAACAAUUCUUCAAGUAAUCGCAGACACAGAGGAAUGUUAGAACAUCGAAGAUCGAGAUCACAUAAUAAAGAAAACACUGAUUUGUCAGAUUUUGAGCAAAGUAGUAACAAGCAUUUCUUUGAACGAGAAUUUAUCUGCUCUUCUAGAGAGACUCCACAUAUUUCAAAAGACUCUGGAUUGGGAGCUUGUCGAAAAUCUUACCAAUCUCCUCAAAUUGCUUCCCUCGCCAACAGCCCUGCACUCACAGUUGCAGGGGCUUCCACUGACCCUAUUGAAAGCAAUGAAAUCAAAAGGAAUCGGCAGCCCAUUGUUGAUGGCUUCCGACUACGUAAUAAGAAGGCUGUGAUGAAAAAAUUUUGGAAUUUUCAAAAGAAGUUUAUCCGGAAAAAUCCACAAAACAAAGAUGAUACAGAAUUUAAGACUCUGGCACACGUCUGAAUGUUUAAUUUAAUGUCAUUUAUAAAAUUAUAAACUUUCCUCUCUCUUUUUUUUUUUUAUGUUUUUGUAUUUUUUUAAAUUUGUUUUUCACUUCCUCAGCUAUAUUUACUCUUAAAUUAUAUUUAUAAUUUUUACUGUCAAAUGUUGUGUCUGAGUUCUUUCAUUUCUUCCCUGUCAGGAUUUUUAAAGUUUAUUUAAUCUUCUGCUUUGGAUUUCUUUUCCUUUCUUUUUUUCUAAAUUACCUCCUGUUUUUUGUUGGUUCUUUUUUUUUUAAACACUUUUAUUUAUUUUUCCCCCUCAUCUGAUUUAUACUCCAUUACAGUUUCUGUUUUCAUUCAGCUUGUGACUGUUUGAUUGCAGUGUGUCAUCAAAAUUCAUCAUUCGUAAUACAAAUGAAAGCGAAAAAAAAUAUUUUUUUUUUUUAAUAAACAUUGAAGACUGCAAAAUGUCAAAUGUUUUAA